AAUUUAAACCAUUGACACAACAAAAGUUAAUAUAUGUACAAACUUCAAUCUACUAUUUCAUUUAAACCUAUAGUCAAAGAACAAGCUUUGUUGAACAUAUAAAACGAUGGUUUGUUUAUAUGCUUCUCAUGCAUACCUAUCAAUCCAUAUCCUAACCUUCCUUCUCCUCUCGCGGUGGCCAUAUACCAAUGCAAAAUCCAACAUUGCUACCCAUUUAUCAACCAAACCAAAGACAUGUCCAUAUCCAUCAUUACUGAUAUCAAAGGCUUGUAAAGGCACCGCGUCAUUCUCGUCCCUAGAAGAAGAAUGUAUCAAAUCCCUAACGUUAGAUCAUCGCACGAAAUCCGCAUCGACUGUAUUAGAGUUGGCUAAGGCGGCUCUUUCUCUAGCCAUGGAGAAGGCAGAGCACACACAGUUUCUCAUUGGUUCUCCUAAGAAGCCAUGUUUCAAGAGUUGUAUGGAGAACUAUAAAGAUUCUGUUGUCGAGGGGCUAAUGAAGGCACAGCGGUCAAUGGGCAAUGGUGAUGUUGAUGAGACUGAUGACGACCUUAGUCUCGCACGUGAUGCUGCUGACUAUUGCAAUAUGAUUUUGUCUGUUGAUCCAGAUGAUACAAGAUCCUUAGUUUUUGCGGCCAACGUGGAUGUGUAUAAUCACAUUACGUUUGUGAUGAGUGUAGCAGACUUGUUGUAGAUCAAUCUCAAAGUUCCAUUUUCAUUUACAAUAUAAUUUUUGUAUAUCAAACAGAGUUUGAUCUUAGAACUUCUUUUUUGUCUUGUUGUAUAGAGAUAAACUCUGUUUCACUAUAUUUCGCGGGUCAAAAAAAUUAUAAUUUACUAGACCGUG